AUGUAUUUUAUUUUAUAUUUAGUAAUUGGAUUUUUAUGGGGAUGCACGAAUGCAUAUAUGAAAAAAGGAUGUAAAGAUGAAAACACAGAGAAAAAUAUAAUUAAAGAUAUUAUUUCAAUUUUUAAAAAUUUAAACAUUAUUAUUCCAUAUAUAUUAAAUCAAAUUGGAUCAUUAUUAUAUUAUUAUUUAUUAUCUGAAUCUGAUAUUUCCUUAGUUAUGCCACUAUCAAAUGCGUCUUCUUUUUUUUUUACAUAUAUAACAGAAAUAAUAAUUUUUAAAAAAUCCAUCACAUAUAAAUCUAUUCUCGGUUUAAUACUUAUUUGUUCAGGUUUAUUUAUGUGUGUAAAUUUUUAA